GUGACAGGAGAAGCAGACAGAGGGAUCAAGGUGUGUCUCUAGAAGGCAGGAAAAGAGGACAGGACUAAAGGGGGUCUCCCAGACUCACUGGAGCCAUGGUGUAACAGCCUCAUAGAGACUGAAUGAGACGAUCUUAAUUACUCUAGUUGUGAAAACGGAGGGCGGGAGCAAUGGGCAGAUGCAAGCUUUGAUCUCAGGCUGAGGGGCUCUGACAUGAGGAGGGUCCUCCUCUAUAAAUACUGACCAACUCUCAUAACUCACAACAAGCUCAUGCCUCACCAUUGUUGUACUUUGGACAUUACCUGCUCUCAACCGGGAUUAUAACCAUGAAGGGAAUUUUUUCUAUUGAAUGGAUGGCCCAAAGCAGCCAGUCAACCAGUGCAGAAUCUGUAUCUGGCCCCCGACUGGCCACUGAACCCACAACUUGUGGAACAAACUCGGAAAGCCUGCCUGGAUUCUACUGCAGACAGAGAGCAGAAGAGGGAGAGCAGGAGAGCAGCUCUGACAUUGGACAAUACAGUCAAUCUAGUUUACACAGUCCUCACCAUCAAACCUCCUACAAUGCUCCAGAAAAUGGAGCAGAUUUCAGCAGUGGGGCAGAAGAGGAGACUUCUGGAUAUGAGAGUGAAGAGGGACUUUCCCAUUCCCCAACACCUCCUGAAAAUGGAGCCUCCACAGUCCCAUCUUCUCCUCCAUCAGGAAGACGACCUCGCACAGCCUUUACAGCAGAGCAAAUCAACAGCCUAGAGCAAGCAUUCAAAAGAAAUGCAUACCUGGGAACACAAGACAAGGCCGAGCUCUGCAAGAAGUUAAACCUCUCUGACAAACAGAUUCGCAACUGGUUCCAGAACAGGAGAAUGAAGCUGAAGAGGACAGUGCAGGAUGCCCUGGCUCAUGCUUGUCAAGCAAAUGUGGCCUCUCAUUUCAUGCAUUACCCUGAGCUGCAGUCCUUCAGAGCAUCUCCAUAUCCAAGAUUUCACUCAGCUGGACAGGACAGUUCCCUUACUGCUGCCCCCUAUGUCCAGCCACAGAGCCUGCAGUACACCUCUACUCUCAGUGCUAGGAUGUCCCGAGAUCCUCUGUACCAGUACAACAGUCUGCCAUCAGUCGUGCUUCCAUCCUCUACAGCACCACUUAUGGGCUCAUACUCCUCAUACUCACCAUACUACUGAGUACUGUGAGGUUAGGUCACACCACGUAUGUACAUAUAUCCUAACAGGGUAAAGACUGUUUUGAUGUAGCAAGCGUAAUAAUAAGAUGAUAAGAAUGUGGUUACAGACCACUCCAUAUGUAUCAAA